CCGGAGCCGGAGCCAUUUUCCCCCCUUCGGCCGCGGCGAGGAGGUGCUGGAGUGGGAGCGAGAGCUACACAGAGCUGGACCCCGCGGCUCCGGGUGACUCGGGCCAGCACAGAGGGCCCCAGGCCGGAGGCAGGAGCAGCUGGGCCAAUUCCCUGGCCAGGAGUGGAAGGGGAUGGCUUCAGGCCUGGGCUCCCCAUCCCCCUGCUCAGCAGGCAGUGAGGAAGAGGACAUGGAGGUGCUUCUAAACAGCCUUCCCCCACCCCACCCAGAGAAUGAAGAAGACCCAGAGGAAGACUUAUCAGAGGCAGAGACUCCUAAACUCAAAAAGAAGAAGAAGCCUAAGAAACCCCGGGAUCCUAAAAUCCCAAAGAGCAAGCGACAAAAAAAAGAGCGUGUGCUCUUAUGCCGGCAGCUGGGAGACAGUUCUGGGGAGGGGCCUGAGUUUGUGGAGGAAGAAGAUGAGAUGGUUUUGCGAUCAGACAGCGAGGGCAGUGACUAUACUCCUGGCAAGAAAAAGAAGAAGAAGCUUGGACCUAAGAAAGAGAAGAAAAGCAAGUCUAAGAGGAAGGAGGAGGAAGAAGAGGAUGAUGAUGAUGAUGACUCAAAGGAGCCCAAGUCAUCAGGUCAGCUACUGGAAGAUUGGGGCAUGGAGGACAUUGACCACGUGUUCUCAGAAGAAGAUUACCGCACCCUUACUAACUAUAAGGCCUUCAGCCAGUUUGUCCGACCUCUCAUUGCUGCUAAGAACCCCAAGAUUGCAGUUUCCAAGAUGAUGAUGGUUCUAGGGGCCAAGUGGCGAGAGUUCAGCACCAACAACCCCUUCAAGGGCAGUUCUGGGGCCUCAGUGGCAGCUGCAGCUGCUGCUGCUGUGGCUGUGGUGGAGAGUAUGGUAACUGCAACUGAAGUUGCUCCUCCUCCACCCCCUGUGGAAGUACCCAUCCGCAAGGCCAAAACCAAGGAGGGCAAAGGUCCUAAUGCCCGACGGAAGCCUAAAGCUAGCCCCCGUGUGCCUGAUGCUAAGAAGCCUAAACCGAAGAAGGUGGCACCUCUGAAAAUCAAACUGGGAGGCUUUGGCUCUAAACGCAAGAGGUCUUCGAGUGAAGAUGAUGACCUGGAUGUGGAAUCUGACUUUGAUGAUGCUAGUAUCAACAGUUACUCUGUGUCAGACGGUUCAACUAGUCGGAGCAGCCGCAGCCGCAAGAAACUCAGAGCUACCAAAAAGAAAAAGAAAGGCGAGGAGGAGGUGACUGCUGUGGAUGGUUAUGAGACAGACCACCAGGACUACUGUGAAGUGUGCCAGCAAGGAGGCGAGAUCAUCCUGUGUGAUACCUGUCCCCGUGCGUACCACAUGGUCUGCCUGGAUCCUGAUAUGGAGAAGGCCCCGGAGGGCAAGUGGAGUUGUCCACACUGUGAAAAGGAGGGUAUCCAGUGGGAGGCAAAGGAGGACAACUCUGAAGGUGAAGAAAUCCUAGAAGAAGUUGGUGGUGACCCUGAGGAGGAGGAUGAUCAUCACAUGGAGUUCUGCCGUGUCUGCAAGGAUGGUGGGGAACUGCUUUGCUGUGACACCUGCCCCUCCUCCUACCAUAUCCACUGCCUGAAUCCCCCACUCCCAGAGAUCCCCAAUGGCGAAUGGCUUUGUCCUCGUUGCACAUGCCCUUCACUGAAAGGUAAAGUUCAGAAGAUCCUGAUCUGGAAAUGGGGGCAGCCACCAUCCCCUACACCAGUGCCCCGACCCCCCGAUGCUGACCCCAAUACUCCUUCCCCUAAGCCUUUGGAGGGGCGACCUGAACGGCAAUUCUUUGUGAAGUGGCAAGGCAUGUCCUACUGGCACUGUUCCUGGGUGUCAGAACUACAGCUGGAGCUUCACUGCCAAGUGAUGUUCCGCAACUACCAGCGUAAGAAUGAUAUGGAUGAACCACCAUCUGGAGACUUUGGUGGGGAGGAAGAAAAAAGCCGUAAGCGAAAGAACAAAGACCCCAAGUUUGCAGAAAUGGAGGAACGCUUCUACCGCUAUGGGAUUAAACCUGAGUGGAUGAUGAUUCAUCGAAUCCUCAACCACAGUGUGGAUAAAAAGGGUCAUGUUCACUAUUUGAUCAAGUGGAGGGACUUGCCCUAUGAUCAGGCAUCCUGGGAGAGUGAGGAUGUAGAGGUGCAAGACUAUGACCUCUUCAAGCAGAGCUACUGGAAUCAUAGGGAGCUAAUGCGGGGUGAGGAAGGACGUCCUGGCAAAAAGCUCAAGAAGGUUAAGCUGAGGAAGUUGGAGAGGCCCCCUGAAACCCCUACAGUUGAUCCAACAGUGAAGUAUGAGCGGCAGCCUGAGUACUUAGAUGCCACUGGUGGUACUUUACAUCCCUAUCAGAUGGAGGGAUUGAACUGGUUGCGCUUCUCCUGGGCCCAGGGCACUGACACCAUCUUGGCAGAUGAAAUGGGCCUGGGCAAGACUGUUCAAACAGCUGUCUUCCUCUAUUCUUUGUACAAGGAGGGUCAUUCAAAAGGCCCUUUCCUAGUGAGUGCCCCACUCUCUACAAUCAUCAACUGGGAGCGAGAGUUUGAGAUGUGGGCUCCAGACAUGUAUGUGGUAACCUAUGUUGGGGACAAGGAUAGUCGUGCCAUUAUCCGUGAAAAUGAGUUCUCUUUUGAAGACAAUGCUAUCCGUGGUGGCAAGAAGGCUUCAAGAAUGAAGAAGGAAGCAUCUGUGAAGUUUCAUGUGUUGCUGACUUCCUAUGAACUGAUCACCAUUGACAUGGCCAUUCUGGGCUCCAUUGAUUGGGCCUGCCUGAUUGUGGAUGAAGCUCAUAGGCUUAAGAACAAUCAGUCUAAGUUUUUCAGGGUCCUCAAUGGCUACUCCCUCCAGCACAAGUUACUACUAACAGGAACUCCUCUACAGAAUAACUUAGAGGAGCUCUUCCACCUGCUUAAUUUCCUCACUCCAGAAAGGUUCCACAACCUGGAGGGUUUCCUAGAGGAGUUUGCUGACAUUGCCAAGGAGGACCAGAUCAAGAAAUUGCAUGACAUGUUGGGACCUCAUAUGCUGCGGCGACUUAAAGCUGAUGUCUUCAAGAACAUGCCCUCCAAGACAGAGCUGAUUGUGCGUGUGGAACUGAGCCCCAUGCAGAAGAAAUACUACAAGUACAUUCUAACCCGAAACUUUGAAGCACUCAAUGCUCGGGGUGGUGGCAAUCAGGUUUCCCUACUUAAUGUGGUGAUGGAUCUCAAAAAGUGCUGUAACCACCCUUACCUCUUCCCUGUAGCUGCCAUGGAAGCACCAAAGAUGCCCAACGGGAUGUAUGAUGGCAGUGCCCUAAUUCGAGCAUCAGGGAAGCUACUUUUAUUGCAGAAAAUGCUCAAGAACCUCAAAGAGGGUGGCCACCGUGUGCUCAUUUUCUCACAGAUGACUAAGAUGUUGGAUCUGUUAGAGGAUUUUUUGGAACAUGAAGGUUAUAAGUAUGAGCGAAUUGAUGGGGGAAUUACUGGGAACAUGCGUCAGGAGGCCAUUGACCGCUUUAAUGCACCUGGUGCUCAGCAGUUUUGCUUUCUUCUUUCUACUCGAGCUGGGGGCCUGGGAAUCAAUCUGGCUACUGCAGAUACUGUUAUCAUCUAUGACUCUGACUGGAACCCCCAUAAUGACAUCCAGGCUUUUAGCAGAGCCCAUCGCAUUGGUCAGAAUAAGAAAGUGAUGAUCUACCGUUUUGUGACCCGUGCUUCAGUAGAGGAGCGCAUCACACAAGUGGCAAAGAAGAAGAUGAUGCUUACGCAUCUUGUAGUAAGGCCUGGCCUAGGCUCUAAGACUGGCUCCAUGUCCAAGCAGGAGCUUGAUGAUAUCCUCAAGUUUGGUACUGAGGAACUAUUCAAGGAUGAAGCCACUGAUGGAGGAGGAGACAAUAAGGAAGGAGAAGACAGUAGUGUUAUCCACUAUGAUGACAAGGCCAUAGAGCGACUACUGGAUCGAAAUCAGGAUGAAACAGAAGACACAGAACUUCAAGGCAUGAAUGAAUACCUGAGCUCCUUCAAGGUGGCCCAGUAUGUGGUGCGGGAAGAGGAAAUGGGGGAGGAAGAAGAAGUAGAACGAGAGAUCAUCAAGCAGGAAGAAAGUGUGGAUCCUGACUACUGGGAGAAGCUGCUGCGACAUCAUUAUGAGCAGCAGCAGGAGGAUCUGGCCCGAAACCUAGGCAAAGGGAAGCGAAUCCGUAAGCAGGUCAACUACAACGAUGGCUCCCAGGAGGAUCGAGGUGUGUCUGGCCGGCCCCAUCCCCUGCCCUUGGGCCGCUCCCCUAGGGCCGUGGGCCCCGCUCAUCUGCCCUCUCUCCCUCCAGAUUGGCAGGAUGACCAGUCAGACAAUCAGUCCGACUACUCAGUGGCCUCAGAGGAAGGCGAUGAGGACUUUGAUGAACGUUCAGAAGCUCCCAGACGGCCUAGCCGCAAGGGCCUGCGAAACGAUAAGGACAAACCAUUGCCUCCAUUGUUGGCUCGUGUUGGUGGAAACAUUGAGGUACUUGGCUUCAAUGCCCGCCAGCGGAAGGCUUUCCUCAAUGCCAUUAUGCGUUAUGGGAUGCCUCCUCAGGAUGCCUUUACUACCCAAUGGCUUGUGCGGGACCUGAGGGGCAAGUCAGAGAAAGAGUUCAAGGCUUAUGUGUCUCUGUUUAUGCGUCACCUUUGUGAGCCAGGAGCAGAUGGAGCUGAGACCUUUGCUGAUGGUGUCCCCCGUGAGGGCUUGUCCCGCCAGCAUGUCCUUACACGUAUUGGUGUUAUGUCACUCAUCCGAAAAAAGGUUCAGGAGUUUGAGCAUGUCAAUGGGCGCUGGAGCAUGCCUGAGCUGGCUGAAGUAGAAGAGAACAAGAAGAUGUCACAGCCAGGAUCACCUUCCCCUAAAACUCCCACACCUUCCACUCCAGGAGACACACAACCCAACACUCCUGCACCUGUACCACCCCCUGAUGAGGGGGUAAAAGCAGAGGAGAAUAACAAAGAAGAAGAGAACACAGAGGGAGAGAGAGAAGUGAAACCUGCAGCUCCUGAGACAUCUGUGGAGGGCACACAGUCCUCUGCAUCUAACCCAGAAGAGGAAAAGGUUCUGGUUGAGCCUCUGGAGGGAGAAGAGAAGGUGGAUAAGCCAGAAGUCAAAGAGAAGACUGAGGAGACCAUGGAGACAGAAACCAAAGGUGUUGCUGAAACAGAAAAGGUAGAGGAGAAAUCGGCAGUGGAUCUGACCUCAAUUGUGGUAGAAGACAAAGAGGAGAAGAAAGAAGAAGAAGAGAAAAAAGAAGUGAUGCUUCAGAAUGGGGAGACUCCCAAGGACCUGGGUGAUGAGAAGCAAAAGAAGAACAUCAAGCAGCGUUUUAUGUUCAACAUUGCAGAUGGCGGCUUUACUGAGCUGCAUUCCCUUUGGCAGAAUGAGGAACGGGCAGCCACAGUCACAAAGAAGACCUAUGAGAUCUGGCAUCGGCGGCAUGACUACUGGUUGCUGGCUGGCAUUAUUAACCAUGGCUAUGCCCGGUGGCAGGACAUCCAGAAUGACCCACGCUAUGCUAUUCUUAAUGAGCCCUUCAAAGGUGAAAUGAAUCGUGGUAACUUCUUGGAGAUAAAGAACAAAUUCCUAGCCAGAAGGUUUAAGCUCUUGGAACAAGCCCUGGUGAUUGAGGAACAACUGCGUCGAGCAGCUUAUCUGAACAUGUCAGAGGACCCCUCCCAUCCUUCCAUGGCACUCAAUACCCGUUUUGCUGAGGUGGAAUGCUUGGCUGAGAGCCACCAGCACCUGUCUAAGGAGUCAAUGGCAGGAAAUAAGCCAGCUAAUGCUGUCCUGCACAAAGUUCUGAAACAACUGGAGGAAUUGUUGAGUGACAUGAAGGCUGAUGUCACAAGGCUGCCAGCCACCAUCGCCCGUAUUCCUCCGGUGGCUGUGCGGCUACAGAUGUCAGAGCGUAACAUCCUCAGCCGGCUAGCAAACCGGGGCCCUGAACCCACCCCACAGCAGGUAGCCCAGCAGCAGUGAAGAUCCAGGUUGAUGAUAACCACCUUACCACUGAGCAGUGACCCUUCUACCCCCUUGCCCCCAAGCUUCUCCUUUGGGGGCUUGAGUCCCUCUUCCUUCUACCCCCUCCUCAUUUUAUAAAGGAACAACUCCCCCUGUCUCUUGGGGAGGGGAGGAAGUGAGGGGCUGCAUCGCCCUUCCUGCCAGAGACAUGCAGCAGUAGCGCCGGCGCCAUCUGCAGGGAGAGGGCAGGCCAGCCCCACUCCGGGUUCCAUGGCCUCUUCCCCACUGUAACGUCUGUUACACAAACUCUUGUGGGUUCUCACCAAGCUCGGAGAAAAUGAUCUGAAAUUUCUUUUAUGUUUUUAUUUUAUUUUUUGUUUUCUUCCUUUUUGUUGGGGUUUCGGAUGGGCCGGGCCCCUGGGCGAGACACAGCUACCUCCGUUGGCAUCUUUUUAAUACCAGGAACCGAGCGGCUCCAGCCACUGAGCGGCCAGAAUGAAAUAAAAUGCAAAAAAAAAAAAA